AUAUGGUUACUCUUAAAGGAGAUGGUAGAUAUACGUCUUUUUGUCUCAAUGCAGUUUGUUGAACUUGUGUUGACACUGCUAUACCUUCUUGCAUGUGUGGCCAUUGUUUUAUUGUUGCAGGAGAUCCGUGUUUUAUAGUUGGAAGAGCCCCGGUACCAUUUUCGGAUUCACCGCCGACUCAUUACACUUUAAAAAUAGAGUCAUUUUCCUUGCUAAAGAAUUGGCCGGAUGGAUUUGAGUCGGAGGAGUUCAAGGCUGGAGGAUACGAGUGGAAACUUGUGCUUUACCCGAAUGGAAACAAGGAGAAGAACGUGAAAGAUCACAUCUCAGUCUGCUUAAAAAUGGCCGGAGCAGAUUUACUUCAACCUGGUUGGGAAGUAUUUGUUGACUUUAGAUUGUUUUUGCUUGAUCAGAACAAGGGAAUCUACUUGGUCCUUAAGGACGAAAAUAUAAACAAGAUGUGCUUUCACGCGGCGAUGCUUGAUGCUGGUUUUGAUAGAGUUUUCCCCCUGGAAGCAUUUACCGAUCCUUCCAAUGGCUAUCUCAUUGGCGACACUUGCGUGUUUGGAGCGGAGGUCUUUGUUUGUAAGGAAAGGAGAAGAGGCAAAGAAGAGUGUAUCACUUUCUACGAUUGUUUGAUGUAUAAGCAUCCUUGGAGGAUUGAGAAAUUUUCCAAGUUAAAAUAUGAAUGCAUUGAGUCGAAACCAUUCAAUGCUGUUGGCAUGAAAUGGAAGUUAGUGCUCUAUCCCAGGGGACAUAUCGGUGGAAAGGACACUCAUGUUGCUCUUUACCUAGCAUUCGUUGAUCCAAAAUCACUAUUACCUUGCUACAAUAUCCUUACAGAAGUAACGUUUAGCAUUGUAAAUCAAGAAGGCAUGGAGACAAUUUUGUUCGCAAAGGCAAGCAUCGGUUCAGUACCUCGGAUUCAAGUUGGGGUUGGACUUAUUUCAUUCCGCUGGAAUAUUUAA